UUAUCUCAGUUCCGGCGUUGAAUUGAUAAGCUCGUAAAACGUAAGCAUUAUCAACGACAUUAAAGAGGACGAGGGGAGGGCGUAUUAUUACCAAUUGGCGGCAGAUAGCCAGAGCGUCAGACUGGACGUCUAGACCACAGGUAGAGAAAUAAAUGACCACCUCGCAGCAGACCACGACUUCAGUGUCGCUAAGACAACACACCUGCAUCGUGGUUUGUUGCAAUGAAAGAAACAUUACCGUUCAAGGGAGGCCUUGCCGGGGUGGGCUUCCUCCUGUUACUACUGGUACAACUACCUGGUCGCAGUGCCGGUCAGCUCAUCCAGUUUCCUGCUAGCCCGGCCUCCGUCGAAUCGGUUUGUACAGGUGUGAACGCCGGGAUCUUCCCGCAUCCCGAUCCGACCCUUUGCCACGUUUACGUCUCGUGCACGUUCGAGCAGCCGAUAGUGUACCAGUGUGCCGCUGGACUGGUGUUUGAUCCGUCCUCGCUUCAUUGCGUUCCAGGUGACCGGGAGCAGUGCGCGGAACGGAAUGAUCCCAACUGGUACGAGCAGUGUGCUGCCUAUUCGUACGCAUUCUUUGCUGAUCCGAACGUGUGCUGGGAGUUUGUGUUCUGUUCGCUCGGAACGGUCAAUCGCUACACGUGCCCGGCCGGUGAGAUCUGGUCGCAGGAGGACGGAGCGUGUCUAUCCGGUAAUAGAGAUACCUGUGAAGUGUAUGACAUUGGGAACGUCUGCCAAGGUCGUCCCGAUGGUUUGGUGCCUCACCCGACGGACUGUACGCGGUUCUUGCAGUGUACGGGUGGCGUUACGACAAUGCUGGAGUGUCUGCGUGGUGAAGUAUUCGACCAGACGGUUGGUCGCUGUAUUGUAGGCAAUACCGAAACUUGUGAAUCGAGAGGAGACAUGUGCCGUGGCGUUGCAAACGAUCUUCGACCGCAUCCAAACGAGUGCCAUCUGUUCGUGUUUUGCUCACUCGGCGAAGCGUCGGUACUGAUCUGCCCACCGAACGAGAUCUUCCGCCCGGACAUUCGAUUCUGUGUGCCGGGUAAUCGUGAUACGUGCGAGUUCAGCCCGGUCGAGACGGCUUGCGUUGGACGACCGCCCGGUGUUGUGCCACAUCCAACGUCUUGCGAGCUGUUCCUUUCCUGCCUGAACGGCGUAUCCACUGUAAUGUCGUGUCCGGCGGGUACGAUCUUCAAUCCACAAACCGGUGUCUGCAGUGUGGGCGAUCGUGACACGUGUCUCGUAACUGAGGGCCUGUGUACGUUGCAACCCGAUGGCACUAUUCUGGAGCAUCCGCUGCGCUGUGGAAUGUUCAUCAUCUGUCGGGGAGGCAAUGCAGAGGUAAACCCAUGCCCACCGGGGGAGAUCCUGCGUGUCGAUGCACAGUUCUGCGUGCCGGGCAACCCGAACACCUGCGAACGCUUCCCCAUCGAAACGAUGUGUGAAGGACGUGACGGAGGUCUGUUUUUACCGCACCCGACCGACUGUGCGCGGUUCAUCUGGUGUCAGGCAGGCGUGGCAAACGAUUACGGGUGUGAGCCGGGCAACAUCUUCAGCGCACCGGCACAGUCUUGCAUCCCUGGAAAUGCAAAUACCUGCACACCACUCACUGGGGUGUGUGCCAAUCAGCCAGAUGGGCAGGUACUGCCCCUUCCCGAUCGCUGUGACUUCUUUAUCUGGUGUAUUGAAGGACGACCAACCGUGAAUCAGUGCCCGGUGGGAGAGAUUCUUCGCCCAGACGUACAGUUUUGUGUGCCGGGAAGUGCGGACACGUGCGAGUUUGUGCCGAUCGAUCUGAUGUGCAUUGGUCAGGGUGACAGCACUCGCUUCCCGCAUCCAACGCAGUGUGCACUGUUCAUUGCAUGCCAGGGACAGAACGCGGUCGUUAAUAGGUGCCCUGCUGGAACCAUCUACAAUGCUCCGUCGCGCUCGUGCGUGCCAGGAAAUCAGGACACCUGCGAGCGGUUCAACGAUAUCUGUGUUGGUCGACCUGAUGGCACGUACUCUCAUCCAACGAUUUGUACGGCGUACAUCAAUUGUGUUGGAGGUCAGCCAACGUUCGAACAGUGUGGACCCGGAACCAUCUUCAUCGAACAGCUCGGUGGUUGCGUUGUUGGUAAUACGCAAACUUGCACUCGAGUAGACGGUCUCUGUGUGGGACAACCGGACGGAGCGAUUCUUGCACAUCCCAACGAAUGUGAUCUUUACAUCUUAUGCGUAUCGCAACAGGCUGCUCCUCUUCGCUGUCCACCCGGCGAGAUCUUGAACGUACAGGCGCAGUUCUGUGCUCCGGGCAAUGCAAACACCUGCCAGUUCGACCCCGUCGAGACAAUGUGCCAAAACAUGGCAGACGGUGCGAUCUAUCCACAUCCGAGUGAGUGUUCCCGCUUUGUCGUGUGCAACGGUGGGCAGGCAACGGUGGCAGACUGUCCGGCCGGGCAGAUUCUUCACGCACCGACCCAAUCGUGCCGUCCGGGCAAUACAGCCACCUGCGAGUUUCUUGAUGGAGUGUGCUCGAACCGUCCCGAUGGCUGGGUGAUCGAGCAUCCGAACCUUUGCGGUCAUUUCAUAAUAUGUCAGGGAGGCACGGUGUCGGUUAAUCCUUGCCCACCUGGUGAAAUAUUGCGUCCCGAUGCUCAGUUCUGCGUGCCGGGAGAUCCGUCAACCUGCGGCUUCGAGCCCGUGGAGCGUAUGUGCCUUGGGCGACCGGAUGGCAUCAUCUAUCCCCAUCCGACCAACUGCCAGUUGUACAUUAGCUGUCAAAACUCGCAAGCAGUUGUAACGUCCUGCCGACCUGGAACCAUCUUCCGCGCAACGACACAAUCCUGCGUCGCUGGCAAUGGUGAUACGUGCACGUUCCUUGACGGUACAUGCGUUGGCCGUCCCGACGGAGUGAUACCUCAUCCCGAGGGUUGUGCGCUGUUCCUGCUGUGCACAUCGGGCACUACGGCCGCUUUCCGCUGUCCGGAGGGUGAGAUCUUACAUCCGGAGUUCCUGGUCUGUGCGGCAGGCAAUGCGGAUGACUGUUCGUUGGCACCGGUCACUACUGAGCCACCGAUCAUUUCAGUAUGUGAGGGUCGUCCGGAUGGAAACUACACGCAUCCACUGCUGUGCUAUUUGUUCAUCCGUUGCACAAAUGGUGAUACGGAGAUUCUUUCCUGUCCACCAAACCAGAUCUUUGUCGGCGCUAUUCGAGACUGUGCGCCGGGCAAUCAGGAAACGUGCAUUCCACUGUAAAUUAGAGGGUUCAAGGGCAUAUGUUGUUAAAAUACAUAAAUAAAAACAUAAACGACUGCUAA